AUGGUCAUCCAACUGCACGACGAUCAACGCGGCCAAGUCAGGUUGAACAGUGAUCUCUCUGAGCCCUUUCCCAUUGUCAAUGGCGUGAAACAGGGUUGUGUUCUGGCACCUACUCAGUUUAGCAUCUUCUUCAGGAUGAUGCUCAAGCAGGCCACUGAAAACCUAGGCUCCGCAGCUCUUCGUACUCGAUGUCAGUAUGAAGAAGACAGAGGGCCUCCACCAGCCAGCACCCCUGCGCACCGCCCUCCUCACAUCACUAUUGGCGAGACUGAGCUGAAAGUAGUUCACCAGUUCACCUACCUGGGGUGUACCAUCACAUCAGAUUCCAAGAUCGACAGGGAAGUGGACAACAGACUAGCCAAGGCAAACAGCGCUUUCGGCAGACUCUACAAGAGAGUCUGGAACAACAAACAGCUGAAGAAGGGUACGAAGAUCAGUGUCUACAGAGCCGUCAUACUCACCACCUUGCUGUACUGCUCCGAGUCAUGGGUAACAUACCGUCACUACCUACAACUCCUAGAGCGCUUCCACCAGCGCUGUCUCCGCACCAUCCUCAACAUCCACUGGAGUGACGUCACCAACGUUGAGGUUCUCGAACAGGUAGAGAUCACCAUCAUCGAGGCCAUGCUGCUGAAGUUGCAGCUUCGCUGGGCAGGGCGCGUCUCUAGAAUGGAUGAACAUCGCCUGCCCAAGAUAGCCCUGUACGGCCACCGUGACAGAGGUGCACCAAAAAAACGCUACAAAGACUCAAAAAGUUCCUCGGUGCCUGCCACAUUGACCGCAGUCGCUGCGGCCGGACAUGCCUGUCCCGCAUCGGUCCUGCAGUCGAUGUGGACAGCCCCUUUCAUAAUUUUCGUUCGCGGAGCCAAGCCAUGA